CCAGCAAUGGCAUUGCUCCCAGUAUUGCUGUUCUUGGCUGCUGCUCUGAAUUCAUCCUUCUCUGCAAAUAGGAAUUCGAAUUCAGCUGCUACUUUGUCAACCAACCAGAUCGAAGUCCAAGGGGAAAUUGUAAAUAAACACAAUGAACUUAGGAGGUCAGUCGAUCCAACAGCCAGCAACAUGCUAAAGAUGAACUGGAACAAUCAAACAGCUGUUAAUGCCCAAAAGUGGGCAAACCAGUGCAAGCUUCAACACAGCAACUCAGAGGAUCGUAAAACCAAUUUAAGCUGUGGAGAGAACCUCUUUAUGUCAACUGCCCCCUCAUCUUGGUCAGACGCAAUCCAAGCCUGGUAUGAUGAGCAAAGUGAUUUUGUCUAUGGCAAAGGACCAACAUCAAGAAAUGCAGUAACUGGACAUUACACUCAGGUUGCUUGGUAUGCAUCUCACAGUAUUGGAUGUGGAUAUGCCUACUGUCCUAAUGAAAAUUUCAAGCAUUACUAUGUCUGCCAAUAUUGCCCUGCUGGUAAUUUUCAGAAUAGACAAUAUUUCCCUUAUAACAAAGGAAAACCUUGUGACGAUUGCCCUACUCACUGUGACAAUGGACUAUGCACCAAUCCUUGUGAAUACCAAAACAACUAUUCUAACUGUGAUCAACUGAAAGAACAAGUGUCAUGUACACAUCCAUUGGUCAAGGACAACUGCAAGGCCAGCUGCCUUUGUACAGACAAAAUUUAUGAACAGCCCUACCAAUAACGAGUAGAGAUUUGUAGACAAG